CUCUCUCACUCUCUCUUUCUCUCUGUCUCUCUCUGUCCCAUUAACUUCAUUCUGAAUAACUUGCGCUUGAGUGCAGUGUACCAUGAGUGCAGAGAAAAAUACACCAGGGCAACCAUGCAGCUCCCAGCUAAAGAUGUUUUUGUUCUCCUUGUCCGUUGUCUACUUUGCCAAAGCGUUGCAGGGCAGUUACAUGAAGAGCUCAGUCACGCAGAUCGAGAGACGUUUCGACAUCCCUAGCUCCCUCAUAGGUGUCAUCGAUGGAAGCUUCGAGAUUGGUAACUUGCUGGUAAUUGCCUUUGUGAGUUACUUUGGGGCAAAGCUCCACAGACCCAGGCUGAUAGGAGGAGGCUGUCUGAUCAUGGCUCUCGGGUCCUUUCUCACCGCCCUUCCUCACUUUUUCCAAGGACCGUACAAAUAUGAGACAACAAUUUCACAUGUCUCUGAAACAAAUGUGACUGAGACCAUUCUGCCAUGUCUAGUCAAUGGGAGCCUUCCAGGAAAAGAACCUACUGCAAUGAGUCAAGCAGAGUGUGAGAAAGUGGCAGGAUCCUCGCUGUGGGUCUAUGUGUUUCUGGGUAACAUGCUGCGUGGUAUUGGAGAAACUCCGGUCAUGCCGCUGGGAGUAUCCUACCUGGAUGACUACGCCAGAGAGGAGAACACAGCCUUCUACCUGGCAUGCAUACAAACCAUUGGGAUCCUCGGGCCUAUGUUCGGCUUUAUGCUGGGCUCCUUCUGCGCUAAACUCUAUGUGGACAUUGGAGCAGUGAACUUGGACAUCAUCUCCAUCACCCACAAAGACUCACGCUGGGUAGGCGCCUGGUGGCUUGGUUUUCUGGUGACUGGAGCCGUGAUGUUACUGGCCGGCAUUCCGUUUUGGUUUUUGCCCAGGUCACUGCACAGGCAAGGAGAAGAGCCUGCCACAAAAAAUCUCGAAGCCACUGAGGGCGAACAGGACGGCUUCAUCGCCGCAGAUAGCAGCAACAUCCUCUCGUCUGAAAAACCAGCCCCUGCCACCAUGUCUGCCCAGGUCAAAGAUUUCCUCCCAUCUUUGAGGAGACUCUUCAGCAACACAAUAUAUAUCCUCCUUAUCUGCACGGGGCUGAUACAGGUUAAUGGCUUCAUCGGUAUGAUCACAUUCAAGCCCAAGUACAUGGAACAGACUUACGGCCUGCCACCAUCUAAGGCCAUCUUUCUGAUAGGCAUCAUGAAUCUACCUGCCGUGGCCUUGGGAAUCAUUAUGGGGGGCUUCAUGAUGAAACGGUUCAAACUGAAUGUGCUUGGCGCGGCCAAGAUCUGCAUCGGCGCUUCCUUCUUCUCAUUCAUCUUACUGCUCAGCCAGUACUUCCUGAGCUGUGAAAACUCUGCUGUGGCUGGGCUCACUGUGUCCUAUCAGGGUGUUCAGGAGGUAUCCUACCAGCAGCAGAGCCUGCUGUCCCAGUGUAACUCGGUCUGCUCCUGCUCUUUGAGGCACUGGGACCCAGUGUGUGCCUCCAAUGGCUUGACAUACACCUCCCCCUGCCUUGCCGGCUGCCAGAGCUACACAGGUGCUGGAAAGGAGAUGGUUUUCCAUAACUGCACCUGCGUUGGAGAGGCUCAUGCGCCAGCUGUGAACAGGUCUGUGGUGCUGGGGCAGUGCCCCCGGGACCAGGCAUGUGAGCAUAUGUUCAAGAUCUACAUGGGGGUGUCGGUAAUAACUGCCUUUAUCUCGGCCUCCGGAGCCACUCCUGGAACUAUUAUUCUGCUCAGGUCUAUACAGCCAGAGCUGAAGUCUUUGGCUCUGGGGAUGCAGACACUGAUAGUCCGGACCCUGGGUGGAAUCCCUCCUCCGAUCUAUUUUGGGGCUUUGAUUGACAGGACGUGUCUGAAAUGGGGCACAAAGCGGUGUGGGGGACGAGGGGCUUGUCGACUCUAUGACGCGCAUGCCUUUAGAACAAGGUUCCUGGGGCUCAUUUAUGGCCUGUAUUCCCUGUCUUACCUCCUGUAUGGGCUGCUGUACAACCGUUUGGCCCACCAACAGAAGUGUGAGGCCCUGCAGAACCAAGAAAAGGCUAUGGAGCAGGAGGACAAUGGCACGGCUAGCAGCAAUGGAAACGCCCCACUGGCUUUCGUGAAAUGCAAGGAGGACCUGCACAAGGAGACCACUAUAUGAAUAUAUUAGAUGAAUUCAUAUAUGCUAAAAGCAGACAUGUUAUUUAGGCUAUCGUGAUGCUGUAUGUGUGAUAUAAAUCUUACAUAAUUGUACAGUUUGUGAUGUAUGGAGUGUGAGGCUGCGUGUAGACCAGGAGGCAUAUGUUACAAUGCCAUAUGCACAGUAAAAUGCACCACCUACCGCCACUUUGUGUUAUUACACAGAGUUCCUUGCACUGACCACUGUUAGAUUACUGCAGUGCCUAAUUAGGAAGUAGCCAUAAAACUAAUCUGUAAAUAUGCAAAAUAUACACUAAAAUGUUACAUUACUGUCAGAAUGCCAAAGCGCAUUUAUAUCUACAUUAUGUUGAGGUCUGUUUGCCUCUGGUCAGAGCCCAGUAACACAGCUCUUGCUACAUACUGUAUGCUUUAGUGUAAGAAUAUUUUUAGCAUAUUAAUGCUUAGCAUUUUAAUUUAAAGAGCAUAAUGCUCAAGGUCAUGAUAUUCAUAAAGGUGAUUCAUUUAGUUUUAAUUUGCAGUUGUCUUGUUGUAUUGUUCCGUUUUAUAAAGGCCCAGUAAAUGAAUGGGACACAGCGAACACUCGUAACAUUAUGCACCUGUAUAUAAAGAAUGUGGUUUUGCUGUAUAUUUGUAAUUCCAAGUGUCUAGACUGGUGGGACCAACUGCAAGUUUUUACAGACCUUCCUUUUGACUUUGCUUUUCAUUUUCACGUGUACAGGAUCUUAAAAUUAAA